AACCCGCACGCGGAAGCGCCCGCCGCACUGAGCAUGCCCAGUCGCAGAGCCGACCGGAGGAGUUUUUUUCUUUUCUUUUUCCUUUUUCUUUCUUUUUUUGGGGGGUCUCAAGUGGCAGGCCUCCCCCAGCCCCCUAGCCGAGCCCCCCAGCACCCCGGCCUAAGCAGCUACCAUGGCCGAGGCUCCCGGAGCGGCGCUGUCCCGGGCGGGUUGGUGUCUUUCAGAUGAAGGCAUUGAAGCUUGCACAAGUUCUCCUGACAAAGUCAAUGUAAAUGACAUCAUCCUGAUUGCUCUCAAUACAGACUUGAGAACAAUUGGCAAGAAAUUCCUCCCCAGUGACAUCAAUGGUGGAAAGGUAGAAAAGCUUGAAGGUCCAUGUGUUUUGCAAAUUCAAAAAAUUCGCAAUGUUGCUGCACCAAAGGAUAAUGAAGAAUCUCAGGCUGCACCAAGAAUGUUGCGUUUACAGAUGACUGAUGGUCAUAUAAGUUGCACAGCAGUAGAAUUUAGUUACUUGUCAAAAAUAAGCCUAAACACACCACCUGGAACUAAAGUUAAACUUUCAGGCACUGUGGACAUAAAAAAUGGAUUCCUGCUCUUGAAUGACUCUAACACCACAGUUCUUGGCGGUGAGGUAGAACACCUUAUCGAGAAAUGGGAGUUACAGAGAAGUUUGUCAAAACACAAUAGAAGCAAUAUUGGAACCGAAGGUGGACCACCUCCUUUUGUGCCUUUUGGACAGAAGUGUGUGUCUCAUAUCCAAGUGGAUAGCAGAGAACUUGAUCGAAGAAAGACAUUACAAGUGACAAUGCCUGUCAAACCUCCAAAUGAUAAUGAUGAAUUUGAAAAGCAAAGGACUGCUGCCAUUGCAGAAGUUGCAAAGAGCAAAGAAACCAAGACAUUUGGAGGCGGCGGUGGUGGUGCUAGAAGUAAUCUCAACAUGAGUGCUGCUGGUAACCGAAAUAGAGAAAUUUUACAGAAAGAAAAGGCAAACAAAUCAGAGGGAAAACAUGAAGGUGUCUAUAGAGAACUGGUUGAUGAGAAGGCUCUGAGACAUAUAACAGAAAUGGGCUUUAGUAAAGAAGCAUCAAGGCAAGCUCUCAUGGAUAAUGGCAACAACUUAGAAGCAGCACUGAAUGUACUUCUUAACAGCAAUAAACAGAAACCUGUUACAGGUCCACCUUUGAGAGGUAAAGGGAAAGGCCGGGGCCGAAUACGACCUGAAGAUGAAGAAGAACUAGGAAAUGCAAGGCCAUCAGCGCCAAGCACGUUAUUCGACUUCUUGGAGUCUAAAAUGGGGACUUUGAGUGUGGAAGAACCUAAAUCACAGCCGCAGCAGCUUCAUCAAGGACAAAACAGAAUGUCAAAUACUGAGCAAAAUGGAGUAAAAGAUAAUAAUCAACCACGAUAUCUUCCUCGAAAUGAUACCAGACAGCCAAGAAAUGAAAAACCUCCUCGUUUUCAAAGAGACACCCAAAAUUCAAAGGCAGUUUUAGAAGGCAGUGGAUUACCUAGAAACAGAGGUUCUGAAAGACCAAGUACUUCUUCAGGAUCUGAAGUAUGGCCUGAAGAGAGAAUCAAAUGUGAUAGACCAUAUUCUAGAUAUGAUAGAACUAAAGAUACUUCUUACCUUUUAAGUUCCCAACACAAUAAUACUGUAUUUAAAAAAAGGGAUAACUCUAUGCAAAGCCGAUCAGGAAAAGGUCCAUCUUAUGCAGAGGCAAAAGAAAAUCCAUUUCCUCAAGAAUUCAUAGAUUAUAAUAAUCACAAACGUGGGAAAAGAGAAAACCAAACAGCAAAUUUGGAUCAUUUUUAUGACAGGAAGCCACGAACAAUAAAUAAUGAAGCUUUUAGUGGUGUAAAAAUUGAAAAACAUUUUAAUAGUGAUUACCAGAAUCCUGUCCGAACGAAUAGUUUCAUUGGUGUUCCAAAUGGAGAGACAGAAAUGCCACUGAAGGGAAGGCGAGUGGGACCUAUUAAGCCAGCAGGACCCAUCACAGCUUCAUCCUAUGAUGAUAAAAUAUUUUACAGUAGUGGUCCCAAAAGAAGAUCUGGGCCAAUUAAACCCGAAAAAGUAUUAGAAUCAUCUAUUCCUAUGGAGUAUGCAAAGCUAUGGAAAUCUGGAGAUGAAUGUUUAGCACUUUAUUGGGAAGACAACAAGUUUUACCGAGCAGAAGUUGAAGCUCUUCAUUCUUCAGGUAUGACAGCAGUUGUUAAAUUCAUUGAUUAUGGAAACUAUGAAGAGGUGCUACUAAGCAACAUCAGGCCCAUUCAGUCAGAGGCAUGGGAGGAAGAAGGCACCUAUGACCAGACUCUUGAGUUCCGUAGAGGAGGUGACGGCCAGCCAAGACGAUCCACUCGACCAACUCAGCAGUUCUACCAGCCUCCCCGGGCUCGGAACUAAUGCGACAAGAGUCUUUAUGAAGAAAGGAGCUGUUGACUGAACCAUCCUGGUCAGAACCUGUUGAUAGACCUCCUGCUUUCCCUUCGGAGUAAGAUGGAGACAUGGUGGAUAUUAUUAUUUGGAGAACUAAAAGGCAGAUUUUAGGGGAAAAAAAUUCAACCCACAUAAAGAAUGGGGAAAAAAAUACAAAGUUAAAUAAAGCAAAUAACUUUUACAAGUGGAAGAAUUUUUUCUUCUGCCAUCAAUAAAACCAAUGCACUAUUAAAUA